AUGGCUAUUCUCAUGGGUGUUGCCGCCACUGCCCUCAACGGGGUCGUGGCGGAACGAACACAGAGCUUGCAUAGCGGUAAUCCUGCUGGGAAGAAAUUACGUACGAGGAAGGUCAAAUUUUAUGUCUCAAAGCCAAAUGUAAAAGCGCUUGGGGAGAAGGGCGCAACAUCUGGCGUCUUAUUCUUGUCAGAUAUUACUGGCAUUCAGCCCAAGGAGAACAAACUCUUGGUCGAUGGCUUUGCACGAGAAGGAUUUGUCACUGUGGCGCCUGACCUGUUCAAUGGCUCUCCAGCGCAACUCGAACCUAAUCUCAAUGUCACGGAAUUUCUCAGCAAGCAUCCUCCUGAAGUCACGGAUCCCAUAGUGAAAACAGCGGUCGCCUAUCUUAGGGACAUGCUUGGCAUCAAGAAAAUUGCGGUAUCGGGAUACUGCUUUGGAGGACGCUAUGCCGUCCGCGUGCUCAAUGGGGAAGAUGCAGUGAAUGUUGGAUUCACUGCGCAUCCAAGUCUGCUUACCACAGAAGAGGUUAAAGCGGUUCAACGCCCACUCGGCCUCGCUAAUGCUGAGAAUGACCCGGCAUUUCCCUUGCAGCAGCAGACCGAGACUAACACCAUCCUGGGUCAGCUUGGGCAUGGUUUUGCGGCAUCUCUGUAUAGUGGUGUUAUACAUGGGUUUGCAGUCCGUGCAAAUCUUUCUGAUCCGGAGCAAAAGUUUGCAAAGGAAGAGGCCUUUUCCCAGGCAGCUCGCUUCUUUAAACUGUGGACUCAGUAA